GACCUGCUAAUAUCUCUCGCCGAGAUAUUUCCCCAGGCGCGGACGUGUAUGUCAUCUCCCGUUUCCAAGGACUACUCAUGCACUGGCAUUGUGUGCCGUUGCUCCUCGCUCGUAACUAGCUGCUAUGGCCACCGUCACCACUUCUUCGCCGGCCACUCUGCAGCCAUGCAAGCACGCGAGCCACGGCGAGGUGCGGCGCUGCCCUCCUCUCCCGUGGAGGAGGAGGAGGAGCUACGGCCAGGUGACGACAAGAGCCACGGCGAGCUCCCGUGGGCAGCCCUCGGUGACGGGCGGCCGGGUUGAGGUGCCCGUCGGCGUCGCCGCGGAGGCGGGGGAGGAGGGCGACAGUAUCCGGAGGCUGCAGAACGGGCCGGACGUGCGGGGCGUGGCGCUGGAGGGGGAGAAUGGCCGGCCCGUGGACCUCACGCCGCUGGCGGUCGAGGUCAUCGCGGAGAGCUUCGGGGAGUGGCUACAUGAGGAGCUCCAGCGGCCGGAGGGCGAGGAGCUGCGGGUGUCCGUGGGCCGGGACCCGCGGCUGUCGGGCGCGCGGCUCAGCGCGGCGCUCUUUGCGGGGCUCGCGAGGGCGGGGUGCUCCGUGUUUGACGUGGGGCUCGCCACCACGCCCGCGUGCUUCAUGAGCACCGUACUGCCUCGGUUCAACUAUGACGCGUCCGUUAUGAUGACGGCAUCACACCUGCCCUACACCCGCAACGGCCUCAAGUUCUUCACCAAGCGCGGCGGGUUAACCUCCGGCGACGUCGAGAAGAUCUGCUAUCGCGCGGCGAAGAAGUAUGUGGCCCGGAAGAUGGGCUCCGGCGGCGGGGGCAUGCCGCCGGUGGUGAUGCGCGUAGACCUCAUGAGCGCCUACGCGCAGCACCUCCGCGACAUCAUCAAGCAGCGCGUCGCGCACCCGACGCACUACGACACCCCGCUGAAGGGCUUCAAGGUUGUCGUGAACGCCGGCAACGGCUGCGGCGGCUUCUUCACGUGGGACGUACUGGAGAAGCUCGGCGCCGACACGACGGGUAGCCUGCACCUGGAGCCCGACGGCACGUUCCCCAACCACAUGCCCAACCCGGAGGACGCCACCGCCAUGUCGCUCACCCGCGACGCCGUGCUGGCUCACGGCGCGGACCUGGGCGUCGUCUUCGACACCGACGUGGACCGCAGCGGCGUGGUCGACGACACGGGCGCGGCCAUCAACGGCGACAGGCUCAUCGCACUCAUGUCGGCCAUCGUGCUGGACGAGCACCCGAGCACGACGGUUGUCACCGACGCGCGCGCCAGCGACGGGCUCACGCGGUUCAUCGCCUCCAGGGGAGGCCAGCACUGCCUCUACCGCGUGGGCUACCGCAACGUCAUCGACAAGGGCGUGCAGCUCAACACCGACGGCGUCGAGACGCACCUGAUGAUGGAGACCACCGGCCACGGCGCGCUCAAGGAGAACUACUUCCUCGACGAUGGUGCGUACAUGGUGGUGAAGAUCGUCAUCGAGAUGGUCCGGAUGAAACUGUCAGGAUUGGAGGGAGGCGUAGGGAGCCUCAUCAUGGAUCUUGAGGAGCCUGCCGAAUCAGUGUUGUUGAGGAUGAACAUACUGGGUGAACCCAAGUAUGCAAAACAAAGGGGUACAAUGGCCGUCGAGGCUUUCAAGAAAUACAUCGAGGAGGACAAACUUUCCGGUUGGGUGCUCGAUGAUUGCGGGGAUUGCUCAGUUGCCGAGGGAUGCCUCGUGGACACAAAUGAUCAUCCCAUCGAUGUUGAUGCAUACAUGUACAGAGCAAAACUUUACGACGAGAAUAAGAAACCGGUGGGCAUGGUCCACGUUCGUCAAAGCGUUCAUAAUCCCAAUAUAGCACUGAACAUGCAAUCCUAUGUUCCUGAUGGUUGCAAAUUCAUGGCAAGGGAUCUUCACAAAAGGUUUUUGUUGGCAAGUGGAGUAAAUGAGUUUGUUGACAUUAGCGAAGUAGAGAAAUUCGUGAAGUAGAGCUUUGUCAUCAAUAUAUUUGUAUAACGUACAUAUAGAUCCUAGGUGGAAGAAAGAGUUCACCGUAGUUGGAGAGUCCAGCGAUUACAUUAUUCGUGUAUCCUUGUAUUUAGCGAUGUACUAUACAUGUCAUUAUUGUUGAUUCUGGUUGAAGGAUAGUGAUUUCAGCAAGUGUUUUCUAUGUAUCA